UGCGCGUACUGGUACUCAAAUUACUUUUAUUUUUAUUAAACUCACAAAGCGGGUGAAGUUUUUGAAUCACACGCGUAAAUAAUAAACUGUAGGUCGUUGGAUGUUAACUAUACUUGUACCGUUUCAUUAACUGUCAUGGAUCGAAUGCGGGUAGAAAAGUGCGGAAAGGAAAAGGGGAGUUUUGUAACAGUGGAUUCGGCGCUCUGGUGUUUUGAUUUUAGGGUGGAACCCAUACUGGCUACUACCAGCACGAAACUUGUGUAGCCUAAUAAGCUCAAUAGACAUCGCGUUGUGUUUAUAGUUAAUAGAAAUAAAAUUGGUUCUCUUAAUUUUAUCAAAUCCGUUUUUGCUUAUUUAUAUUACUUGUUUGGAACUAAAAUAUUUUAACAUAGAAAUAGUUUAUUAUGGCUUGGGGUUAUUGGAGUGCAUCGACUGUAUCUGACCGUGGUAAAUCACCAAAACGCCAAUCUUCAUCAUUGAGCUAUUACAACCAUCAUGUGCCAAUAUCAACACCAGCUCCUCUAUCGACUUCCUACUAUCAACAUCAGCCAUUGCAUAGCACUAGCAGCUUUGGGUCUAUUGAAGACGAUGAUUAUCAUCAUACUUCUACAUUUUGUCGUCGACCAUCUCUUGGAGAUAUUGAAUUUACCGGUCCUGGUUCUUUAUCGCUAUUAUUAAAUCAACAAGGUCCCGCUUCACGUCCAAGAACACCUCCAAUACACAACCUUUAUGGACCACCUACUUCAUUUGGUUUACCGGAGUCUUGUGGUUCUAACAUGUCUAUACGUCGAAGUAUAAAUUGCUUUGGUUACCAAUCAGCACCUAAUAUACAACAUUAUCCAUGCAACGUCCAUGACCCUUCACCUUCUCCUUCUAUAUCUGACGAUGAAGAUCAUGUUUAUGCUACAGUUUUCCCUAAUGUCCCUCCAGCACCAGGAAUGCCUUGCCAAGGAGAAGAUCGUAGCAUUUACAGACGUGGAGCUCGAAGGUGGAGGAAACUAUAUCGCGUUAACGGUCAUAUUUUUCAAGCAAAACGAUUUAAUAGACGAGCAUUUUGUGCCUAUUGUCAUGAUCGCAUUUGGGGACUGGGUCGACAAGGCUUUAAAUGCAUUCAAUGUAAACUACUUAUCCAUAAAAAAUGCCACAAACUCGGUAAAAAGACUUGUACUAAUGACCCAAUAAUUAGUGAUGACACUAAUGGAGAUUCGCAAACUACUCUAAGUACACCGAGUUCUGAUACUGCUUUACCAGAUUUAAAAGAUUAUUCUGAUCAAAACUCUGUUAUAGAUCAGUCUGCUGAUUCUGUGCCUAUAGAAGAUCCUCAAGCCAAAGGGGAUGAUGAAGUUGGAGUGUCACGACAAUAUUCAAUUGCUGAUUUUGAACUAAUUAGGGUAAUUGGUCGUGGAAGUUAUGCAAAAGUAUUAAUGGUAGAACUUAAAAAGACUAAGUGUAUUUAUGCUAUGAAAGUUAUUAAAAAAGCACUAGUUACAGAUGACGAAGACAUUGAUUGGGUACAAACAGAAAAACAUGUGUUUGAAACUGCUUCCAACCAUCCAUUUUUAGUUGGUUUGCACUCAUGCUUUCAAACAGCAAGCCGAUUAUUUUUUGUUAUUGAAUUUGUCCGCGGUGGUGACUUAAUGUUUCAUAUGCAACGGCAGCGACGAUUACCGGAGGAACAUGCGAGAUUUUAUGCAGCUGAAAUCAGUUUGGCAUUGAACUUUUUACAUACGAAGGGCAUAAUUUACCGUGAUUUAAAAUUGGAUAAUGUGUUACUUGAUCAUGAGGGUCAUAUAAAGUUAACCGAUUAUGGCAUGUGCAAAGAAGGUAUAAGAGCAGGUGACACAACUUGUACAUUCUGUGGUACUCCAAACUACAUUGCUCCAGAAAUAUUAAGAGGAGAAGAUUAUGGCUUCAGUGUGGAUUGGUGGGCAUUAGGAGUUCUUUUAUAUGAAAUGUUAGCUGGAAGAAGUCCAUUUGAUAUAGCUGGAGCAUCAGAAAAUCCAGACCAAAAUACUGAAGAUUAUUUGUUCCAAGUUAUUUUGGAAAAAACUAUACGUAUUCCAAGAUCUCUCUCAGUCAAAGCCGCUUCAGUUUUAAAAGGAUUUUUGAAUAAAAACCCAAUUGAUCGUUUAGGAUGCAACCGUGAAACAGGAUUUUACGACAUUAUAACUCAUCCUUUCUUUAAAUCUAUAGAUUGGGAAAUGUUGGAACAAAAACAAGUCAGCCCACCUUACAAACCAAGACUAGACUCUGAUCGUGAUCUUGCCAACUUUCCUCCAGAAUUUACUGAUGAACCUGUUCAUCUCACACCUGAUGAUCUACGCGUGAUCGAGAAAAUUGACCAGUCUGAAUUCGAGGGAUUCGAAUACGUGAACCCUUUGCUGAUGUCGCAGGAAGACUGUGUCUGACACGAGGAGGAGUGCGUCGAUAGUUAUUCGGCGCCCCAUCACCAUCAAUACCAUCACGAAGCUGACUGUCCCUGUUCAACGACGAUCGACUCGCCCCCAAACAACGGUGGUAGACCGUCGUCUAGGGGAUGGUUCUGCUUACCCCUCCGAUAAUAAAACAAAUUUCCACCGGAACACUUCACUUAACGUGUGUCGACUGCAUUAAGUUAGUCGCGCAUGCAAAAGCUCAAGAUAUUAUAGCCGAUUUUUUUCGAUUAUUUUCCUCCCGUAUUAUCUUUUUGGUUCCUUCUCUCUCACCUAACUCGCUUUGUUAUCCAAAAUGAGGCACACGAAACGUGUGUGCGUUUUGACUUAAAUCUGGAAUGGAGACAUAACCGAUAGUAUAAUUAAAAAACUAUUUUGUAAACAACUGUUUUUGAAAAUGGACAACUAACGCCGUAACUAACUUUCUUGUGUAUUUACAAGUCGUACGCCUUCAGUUAUUUACUGAGGUUUACCUCAGUAAAUAGCAGGUUUUAUUUUGUGUAUAUCUUUAACAGUUCCGGCAUGCGGGCAAAAUCAACUUGUAUGUUCUAAAUAUACCAAAAGUUGUUUUUUUACUUAUCAUAAUAUUAAAAUAAUUGUGAAAUAGACAAUUUCCAACCCCUUUAAUCUAAGUGAUAGAUUUAAUGUAUUCGUAUGUAGUCGGUCAUUGCUUAUUAUGUAAAAAAACAAAUAAUAUUUCCCGUGCGAUGAUGCAUUGAAGACAAAAUAAUAUUAUGUAUGAGAUUUUUUCUGACAAUUACCGGGACUGUUACAGUAUGCACAUUUGUUUCCGAUGCUCAUUGAUUGAUUAAUCAAUCUAACAUAACUACAUUCCUUGUUUUCAUUUCCAUUAGUUAUAAUAAUAAAUAAUAAUAAUUUUACUAUAUUAUAUAGAUACAAACUAAAUUUUAAAGGUAUCUCGCACUAUAAUACGAUACAAGCACACAUAUUUUAUAUUAUUUCUUAUCAAAUAACUAGACACUAUUAUUUUUAUAUUCGUAUAUUAUAUAAUUAAAAAUAUAAAGGUUUAUUUUGACAUUUAUUUAUUUUUAUCCGAUAGUAUUAUUUAUUAUGUAUACCUAAGUAUUAACACUUCUAUUCCAACCAGCCUAUUAUAUUAUGUUUGUAAAAUUCCUUAAUAAAAGUAAUAUACUACCACCCCGUUCUUAUUAGAAUGUGGUUUUGAGUUGAGUACAUUUAGAUGUGUUCUUUUAUACAUUGAAGACCGUAUUUGUUGCUUAUAUAGAAUAUGUAUGUAUACUAUAUAUGUUUAUAUAUACAUAUAUUUACUCAACUAACAUUGUGUUUAUCAUAAAAUUCUUAAAAAAACGUUUAAAAAUGUUGUUUGGUGUUACAAA